AUGGAUGCUCAGACGAAACAACACUAUCUAGCUGACUCUCCGCCCAGCGUCGUGAGAUUGGAGAUUAAGCAACAUUUUGAAGCUCUCAAGGAUGAGAGUCUGAAGCGCUAUGCCCAUUUUAUGAGCAGAGCCGCAUUCCAAGGUACUCGAGUUACCCUGCGUCAAGUCUCCCCCGAAUCAGAACCUAUUUACGAUUUGAUCCUGUCGCUCUAUAAAGCAGUCGGCGGAAACUGGCACUCGCUCACAGAAAAGACUAGCGUGGAACCUCAAGACUUGCAAUAUUUCCUCGAAUAUUCAGCUCAAUUCCUCGGUAAUUGCGGAAACUACAAGGGCUUUGGAGACUCCAAAUUCAUCCCCAGACUUAGCCCCGAUGCUUUCAAGAAACUUGCAUCAAUUUCCCCUGAGACACAAGCAGCAUUCGAAAAGGCGAAUAGCACUGGUGGUGGAAUAUACGAAACAAGCGAUGUCGGUUUGAUGCAUUUGGGAUAUCCUGACAAGGGCCAUCUGACUACCUAUUAUCCUGAGUCUUCCAGCAUCACUAAAGAUGAGAUCACAGCUGUAGGGGACUUUUUGGAAAAGAAGGGUCUGCCAGUCGAGAAUACAAGAUUGCGCAAGACUGCACAGGGUGAUUUCGAGCUUCUGAUUGCUUCGGGUCUUUCUUCACCUCCGUCUCGGGAUCGGGAUUUGGGAGACGAGGAUUCCUGGACGCUUGAGGCGGCCCCUGUUGCCGGAAAAAAGCUUAGUUUGGUGUUUGGUGACUAUCAGAAUGAAAUGUCCAAGAUUGCUCAUAGUAUCAAGCAAGCAGAAUUAAACGCUGCCAAUGAUACACAGAAGAAGAUGUUGGAGCAAUAUGCGAAGUCCUUUGGUACCGGAUCUAUUGAAGCGUACAAAGAGAGCCAGCGCCUUUGGGUCAAAGACCAGAAGCCAGCAGUUGAGACCGACUUGGGCUUCGUUGAGACCUACAGAGAUCCACAUGGGGUUCGAGGAGAGUGGGAGGGAUUCGUUAGUAUGGUCAAUCUGGUACGCACUAGAACAUUUAGCGACCUGGUCAACGGCGCAUCGCAAUACAUCGUUCGCCUGCCCUGGGACAAAGAGUUUGAAAAAGACAAAUUCUUGAGCCCAGACUUUACAUCCUUAGAAGUCUUGACUUUCGCGGGUUCUGGUAUACCUGCUGGUAUCAAUAGUCCCAAUUACGAUGACAUUCGACAGAACCUCGGAUUUAAGAAUGUGUCGCUGGGCAACGUCUUAAGUGCAAAGGCACCAAACGAACCGGUCCCGUUUAUUGCCGAGAAAGAUUUGGAAAAGUUUCAGAAAUACCGAGAUGAGGCAUUUGAGGUGCAAGUAGGCCUUCACGAGCUUCUUGGACACGGUACCGGUAAAUUACUUCAGGAAACAGCGCCAGGAGUCUACAACUUUGAUGUUAAAAAUCCACCCGUCAGCCCUAUUACAAAGAAGCCGGUUUCCACGUGGUACAAGCCUGGUCAAACCUGGAGCUCGGUUUUUGGCGCUAUUGCUUCUUCAUACGAAGAGUGCCGUGCAGAAUGUGUGGCCAUGGCUUUGAGCUGCGACUUUGAUAUUCUCAAAAUUUUUGGUCAUGGCGACGGCCAGACUGAUAUCAACAAUGAUGCCGGCGACGUUCUUUACGUAGCAUACUUGCAAAUGGCGCGAGCUGGAGUUGUCGCUCUGGAAUUCUGGGAUCCCAAGAGUCGCAAAUGGGGACAAGCACAUAUGCAAGCCCGCUACAGUAUUCUGCGCACCUUCCUUGACGCAGGAGACGACUUUGUCAAACUUGUCCACACGAAGGAAGAUUUGUCUGAUCUCGAAAUCCACCUGGAUCGGUCGAAAAUCCUUAGUCAUGGACGACCAGCUGUAGAAAAUUACUUGCAGAAAUUACACGUCUAUAAGUCUACAGCGGAUGUCGUUGCUGGCACGCAGUUGUACAACGAUAUCACAUCUGUUGAUGACUGGUGGGGAACUAAGGUUCGAAACAUCGUGUUGCAAAAGAAGGUKCCCAGAAAGGUGUUUGUCCAGGCAAACACCCAAAUUGAAGCCUUGACAAUUUCAUACGAGAUCGGUGGCGCGCCCCCAACGGCGCUGCCUUCAAUAGAACCUGCUGCCACCGUGGAGGACUUUUCGUACAUCUCUCCCCCAGCUCACCCUCCUCUCUCUGAGGCCUCCUCGUCAUCUCACGCCUCUCCUCGACCCCCGCCCUUUUCGUCGAUAUAUUCUGCACCAGACCCGGAAGUCGAUCGUUUCAAAGCAGCUAUUACCGAGGACCCAGGUGCCUCGUCCUUGCCCGCGUUUGCCCCGCCGCCCCCGUCACCGUCGCUCUUCCUACCGCCGCCAGAAGAUCUAGACGAGUCCUCUUCCGUGGUCGCGGAAACCAAAGCCGCGCUUGAGAGUGUAGAGAAGAAGGGUGAAUCUUCCGGCAAACCCCCUGACGACAGUGAGCCUCCGCCCCCUUAUACGGAAGGCUAUAGUCCGCUUCAAUCGUUCUCGUACGUCAUGGCAGCCGCAGGUGGUGCUGCGAGCAUCAUCACCCAGGUCCAACAGACGGGCGGUCCUCCGAUAAACACUCUAGGAGAUGUCAAUGGAGACGAGCACAUAACCUUAGAUCUCAGGGGCACUCGAUUCACACUCUCUCGAGAUGAGCUGCUGACCCUUCCGGAGUUCGUGUUGCUCUCGUUGUUCCCUAACGGUCUACUACCCGAUGGUCAUAUGGGUGGCUUCCAUGAUGGUGAUAUCUAUCCUGUAGAUUACGACCCCAACUCGCUCCAGUACAUGCUCGAUUUCUUUCGCACCGUGGCGCAAUCAAUUCCAUCUGCAUCACCUUCUCCAUCUGGUUCGCCCGAUAUGGACGCGAGUGAUUCGAUGUAUAGCUCGACGCGAGACAUGCUGCAAGAUCGGGCAGGCAUAAUUGUGCUUCGGGAAGAUUUGGAUUUCUACGUUAUCCCGCCACGACCGAAUAUAGGACAAGCCGAGAUGAUGACAGUCAAACGGGCCGCGGCCCAAGUCCUCCUGAGACAGGAUGGAAUAUUCUCUGGCCUCCGAAAGAGUGAUGAAGUGGGCAGCACAGAGCAGCAUUUGAUCGAGAUGUUGACUGCGGGUGGCUUCAACCAUGAAGAUUCUUGGGGCCACCGUGCUCCAGAGCCCAAUAAAGCAGUGAUCUGUAGUCUAGCCUUGGCGAAACUGCGAACAGAUAUACGGGGAGAUAUCAACAGCAAUGCUUCGGUUGGGAUGGCACAGAAACUAUUGCUCUUCUGGAGGAAGCCAGCUCGACGUUGCUGGUGGGAAGGUAUUGAACUGGAUGGUGUUGAUGGUGUGGAGGGGAAACUAAAAGUUUGGAUUCGACGAGUAUGGACUCUUGAGAUGAGCGUCAUCGGUCUGAGAUGA